GUUAAGCGCUAAAAUAUAUAAUUAAAUAACAUAAACAAUGAAAUAUUGAAUAAAGUAGCACAUUGCUUACAGUAGCCAGAAUGCAAAGACCAAGACGUACUUCAGAAUUUCAUGAGGAUCCUAAUGGAGUUAAGCGGCAAUCCAGGCCUCAACAAAGAAGCAUAGCUCCUUCUCCAGCAACUGCUAGCAAAUUUCUUACUAGGCAAAGUCGAAUAGCUGUUCCCACUCGACCACCGUCUGCAGAUCGCGCUGGGCCCGCUGGUAGUCAAGCAUUCCAAACAAGUAUACGUUCAGGAAUUAGUACACCACAUUCAGUAAAACCUACUACUAGUCGUGUGCUUUUUACAAAUGAGAAACAUCGCGGCGGCAACAGUGGUGCUGGUGGCCCAUUGCACAACGACAAGAAGUGGGUGCAAGAGCAGACGCAACGCAUAACAGAGUAUUUGAUGAAUCAAAGUACCAUUGGGGGCCUGAGUACUGACUUCCUGCAAAAGGGUUUGCGUCAAAUGUCCAUUAAACAUUUUGUGGCAAUUGUUAAUUUUUUCCUCAAUCACAUAUGGGGUAAACGAUUUGUGGUUGGUAGCAACCAUGUGGAGGAUAUAAUGCAAAUAUUGCAAAAGCUACAAUAUCCACAUCCUGUAAGUAAGUCAUGGCUGAAGACACCCAACACUCAACAUUCCUUUGGUAAUGUCAUAGUGCUACUCGAUUAUCUUAUGGAAUUUGUCCCACCAUAUUCGGAUGCAGAUGUUGAGCCUCAGAGUAUUGAGCAUUUUGAAUUGCAGGAACCACAUGAACAAAUGAACGGUUCCCGCAUAAGCGAGGAUCUCAUUCAGAUACCUGAUUUGGAAUUCCAGCGUGAGUUAUUACUUAAUACCGAAGAGGGUUUUAUGCUCUGGGAUACCCAAAUGGAGGAGGAAUUCACUGCCUUGCAACAGGAGACCUGCAAUUUGCUUAUCAAGAAAAUGUGCAAUUUUCCUGAUGUUGCAGCCAUUCGUGCUGAAGUUGAAAAGUUGAAUAAAAAACUUAAGUCUCUUCAGGACUUUAGGCCAAAAGAGGAUAAAGAUUUGCAGAAAUUACAUGAGAAGUUGGUGGAAGAAUUUAAAUUUCUAAGCGAAGAUUUGCUUCUGAUUAAGGAAGAGCACCAAAACAUAAAUCGCCAGCAACGACAACUGAGUCGCGAAAAGAUGGAAGUUUCAGGUGAAGUGGCGGCCAUGGAGCAAGAGGUCGCAACAUUGCAAGACAAAAUUAACAGACAGCUAUGCACAGUGGAACAACGCAACCAAUUGAUGGCGGAACACAAUCAUCUCGAGCAAUUGCUGGCGGUAGAAAACCGAACAUUACGCGAUUUGGAGUCUCGUAAUCACAAUCAACAAAUUGUAUAUGCAAGAGUCAUAAAGAAAUUAACCGAUGAUGUAGAGUCACUCAAUGCCUUUAUGAGAGAAAUAGCCUUUUCCGAUGUGCCCGAAGUUCAAAAGAUUCCAACAGAAAAACUACAAUUACCCUUAAAGCCUGAGGAACAACAUCUGCAGAAAUUAAUUCCACUGCUUAUCCACAUUAAGGAAGCUACCCAGUCAACCAUUAGUGCAAAGAAAAAGCAGGCAAUGGCUAUCCAACAAAACGCCCAGGAGUUAAUGGACGAAAUCGAUACCAAGUUAGAGACAAAGCUGACCUCUUUAAGGCUCCAACAUGCUCAGGCUGCGCAAAACUUUGAUAUGUUUUGUCAAAAAUUAAAAAAGCAAAUUGCCAGUUUAAAUCUUAAAACUCAACAAUUGGAGAAUCAAAUGAACACAGUUGAAAAAUCCUUGGAAGAAUUGCAGCAAGCAAUCGAAGAGAAAAGAAAUCAAAUCGAUAUAUUAAGAGAGCAAAAUGAGGUAACCAUGCAACAGGCUGAAGAUCGUCAUGAAAAGCAUUUGGAAAAAAGAAGGACAUAUUUGCAAAGCUAUAGCGAUAUGAUGGAGCAGACGGUACAAAGCGACAUAUUGUGGCAGUUGAUAGAAAAAGUGGAAACGCAGGAGCAACAAUUGGCAUUGCUAAGAAAGGAAUUUGAAUCACCAAAUACUGAGGAGGAGGGCGAAUAAUUUCUGCACUUUUUUGUUUUUGUAUGAGUAUGGCUAAUUAUUAAAAUUUAUCUAUUUUGUCUUUUAUGUGCAACAUACCCAAAUAAAAACUGAAAGCCUCAAUAUUGGGCUAAACCAAAGAUAA